UUGCAAAACGUAAACAAUGCUGAUGCGCUUUUUUGGUUGCGGAGUGAAAUUUGAAAAAAAUGGGAUGUUCAGCUUCUAAAAGCUUGCAAAAAUCUGAAAGAAAUGGAAUUAGCGAUGGAAACGACGUAAAAAAUACGACGACAAGGGCUGACCGGAAAAGGAGACGACAGGAAGCGCGAAGAUGUCAAAACCCGGGACUUAAAACAGCAAGUGAUUACAUAUGGAUAUCGCUUCCUUUCCCGGAAGAUCAGCCAACAUUGCAGCAAAAUACAGUAGAGAAUGUGAUUGCUGUUGAUGAUACCACUGAAAUGGUUGAAAAUAAGCUGAAUGUAUCCAAAAAUAAAACAAAUACCGAUGUUAAUGUGAAAACUGUGCACAAAAACGCUGACCCGUCAAAUGCAAAUAAAUUACUUAUUUUGCACUUCAAUGAUGUUUACAAUAUUGAGCCUAGAGAGAAGGAGCCGGUUGGUGGUGCUGCCAGAUUUGCUUCAAAAAUAGCCACGUUCAAAUCUCAAAAUCCUAUUAUACUUUUUAGUGGCGAUGCUUUGAAUCCUUCAAUGAUGAGCAGUAUAACAAAAGGUGAACAAAUGUUGCCGGUCUUAAAUUGCUUGGGUAUUACCGCUGCAGUCUAUGGUAACCAUGACUUUGAUUUUGGAGUGGAUGAGCUUGUGGACUUUGCUAAUGAAAGCAAUUAUCCAUGGCUACUUAGUAAUGUAUUUGACAAACACACCAAGCAACCUCUGGCAGAUGGAAAAAAAUGCUUAAUACAUGAACAUAAUGGAAGAAAGAUUGGUAUAAUAGGUCUUGUGGAGAGCGAGUGGCUGGCGACCUUGGCAACUUUAUCAUUAGAUGAUAUUGAGUAUCAUAACUUUAUUGAUGUUGGAAACCAAUUAUGUUCUGAACUCAGGCAAAAGGGAUGUGAUUUUAUCAUUGCGCUGACACACAUGAGGCAACCAAAUGAUAUAAAGUUGGCUGAAAAUGUCUCAGAAAUUGAUUUGAUUUUGGGUGGCCAUGAUCAUUUUUAUGGUGUGAAAGAGAUUAAUGGAACAAAAAUAUUUAAAAGUGGCACUGACUUUAGAAAUUUCAGUGAGAUAGAAGUGUCAUUUUCCUCUACCGACGGCUCAUACGAUAUUCAAUAUAAAAGACAUGAUAUAACUCAAGAUGUUCCAGAAAAUCCAGAAAUUAAAGCUAUUGUCAAUAAAUAUUUAGAUGUUUUGGCUGAGAAAAUGGAAAGCGUUUUGGGUAGUAUUGAAGUGGAACUUGAUGGUCGAUUUCAAAGUAUACGUACUCGUGAAACAAAUUUAGGAAACUUAGUGGCUGACAUCACACGUAACGUCACUCAAGCUGACGUCAGUAUUGUUAACUCCGGUACUCUUCGUUCAGAUACAAUUCACCCACCUGGAGAAUUUAAAAUGAAACACUUGGCAAGUAUUCUUCCCAUGCCAGAUGCUAUUGUUACCCUUGAAAUUACAGGAAAACAACUUUUAAAAGCUCUCAACAACGGAGUCAGCCAAUGGCCAAAACUUGAAGGACGUUUUCCACAGGUGUCUGGUAUGACAUUUGCCUUUGAUCCUGAUAUGGAGUCUGGUGAAAGGAUAAUUGAAAGCAGCGUAAAAAUUGGCGGACAAAACUUAGAACAUGAGAGAAAAUACAAACUGUGUACGAAGGCAUAUUUGAGUCAUGGAAGAGAUGGAUAUGAAGUCUUUAAAGAUUGCCCUUUACUUGUCAAAGAGGAAGAAGGACCUAUAUUGCCCACAAUCGUUCGAAAUCAUUUCGUAUCUUGUAAUAUUGUUAAAGGAUUACAAAUGUGCCGUUCUGGUCACAGACAGUCUAUUACAUGUCUCGAUGCGCGGGAGUUACAUGAUUUUCAAAAGGAACGUUUUGCAAUUGAGAAACGCCACUCGACUAUUUCACCUAAGGUGGAAGGUCGAAUUCAGAUUAUUAAUCGUACAUUGUAAGAAAUCAUAGUUGUACCCAAUCAUUUUUCAACUCCUGCGCCACAUUCAAGUCGUAAAAUGUUCCUUUGAAAAUGCUAUGUAGAUUAUGAAAGAUUGUGUAUUUUUUUGUAAAAUAUAUCUAUAUUAUACAGGGUUUAUAUAAAUUGACAGGUUAUAUCAAAUUAAAUACAAGUGUUACAGAUGAUUGUUUCCCAUCAUUCCGUGCGCACUCAACUAA